AUGCAGACGGGUGUCGCUCAACGCGGCCGCCAUGGUGCGCGCGGUGCCCAAGAGGACAGGGAAACGCCCCAGGGAGACCGGAGCCCCCCGGAAGAGAGGCGAGUGCGCCCUGCCCGCGCCGGCGUCCACGAAGGGCUCAUCGGACCGCACUGCCGCGACACUGAGGUCUUACCGCGAAGCCGCGUUGUGCGCAACCCCGUUGCCGCUGCGGGCGCAGAGGAGACCCCUGGCGACGGCAAACGCAGGGAGAUCGGCGUUGCCCCUGCGCAACUCCUCGCGCGCGUUCCCCGGGGAGAGGCGAUGCGGCCGCCGCAAACCCCGCCGUGGUUGCCGCGGAGGAACGCCGCCCACCAGCGCACGACGCAGCCAGCAACAGGCGGUCACCGCGCCCGACUACGGCAGCGGCGUUGGUCCCCCCCCCCCCGCCAAAACAGCGGACGCCACGCGGUCAUUAAGAGUGGC